GCCCGAUUCCGUCCCAGCACGGAACCAGUCCUCACUGCAGCCUCUGCUUUCACCGGGGCUCCAGCGGCCGGGAGGCGGGAUGCUCUGGACGCUGGUGCUGCCGGCCCUCUGGGCCUCGUGUGGGGCUCACGCUGGUGACCAGGACGACGACACCGCCUUCAACCUCUUCACCGUCAGCAACAUCAACCGGAAGACCAUCGGGGCCAAGCAGUUCCGGGGGCCCGACCCCAGCGCGCCUGCCUACCGCUUCGUGCGCUUCGACUACAUCCCGCCGGUGGGCGCGGACGCCCUGGGCCGCAUCGCGCGGCUCAUGCAGCAGCGGGAGGGCUUCUUCCUCACGGCCAGCCUGCGGCAGGACCGCCAGACCCGGGGCACGCUGCUGGCCCUGGAGGGCCCUGGCGCCGCCCACCGGCAGUUUGAGAUCGUCUCCAACGGCCCGGCCGACACGCUGGACCUCGCCUACUGGGUGGACGGCACCCUGCACAUCCAGUCCCUCGAGGACGUGGGCCUGGCCGACGCCCAGUGGAAGAACGUCACCGUGCAGGUGGCCGGCGAGACCUUCAGCCUGUACGUGGGCUGCGAGCUGAUCGACAGCUUCAUAAUGGACGAGCCCUUCUACGGGCAGCUGCACACGGAGAGGAGCAAGAUGUACGUGGCCAAGGGCUCUGCUCGCGAGAGUCACUUCAGGGGGCUGCUGCAGAACGUGUACCUGCUGUUUGCCGACUCCGUGGAGGACAUUCUCAGCAGGAAAGGUUGUCCGCAAAGACAGGGAGCGGAAGCCAACGCCAUCAGCGAGAACACGGAGACGCUGCACCUGGGCCCUGCGGUCACCACGGUGCACGAGGGCCCGAGCGCGGAGCAGCGGCCGGGGGUGUGCGAGCGCUCCUGUGAGGAGCUGGGCAGUAUGGCCAGCGAGCUGUCGGGGCUGCGCCUGGUCGUCAACCAGCUGCACGAGAACCUCCGGAAAGUGUCGAACGACAACCAGUACCUCUGGGAGCUCAUCGGCGGCCCCCCGAAGACGAGGAACAUGUCUGCUUGCUGGCAGGACGGCCGGUUCUUCGCGGAGAACGAGACCUGGGUGGUGGACAGCUGCACCAAGUGCACCUGCCAGAAAUUUAAGACGGUUUGCCACCAAAUCUCCUGCCCGCCGGUGACCUGCGCCAACCCGUCCCUGCUGGAGGGUGACUGCUGCCCGUUCUGCUCCCACCCGGACGGCGAGGAGGGCUGGUCCCCGUGGGCGGAGUGGACCCAAUGCUCUGCCACCUGCGGGCCCGGCACCCAGCAGAGGGGGCGCUCCUGCGACGUCACCAGCAACACCUGCCGGGGGCCGUCUAUCCAGACGCGGGCCUGCAGCCUGGGAAAGUGUGACAACCGCAUCCGGCAGGAUGGCGGCUGGAGCCACUGGUCCCCGUGGUCCUCCUGCUCCGUGACCUGUGGGCUCGGCAACAUCACGCGGAUACGUCUCUGCAACUCGCCGGUGCCCCAGAUGGGGGGCAAGGCCUGCAAGGGCAGCGGCCGGGAGACAAGGGGCUGUCAGGGAGCCCCGUGCCCUAUCGAUGGCCGGUGGAGCCCCUGGUCCCCGUGGUCCGCCUGCACCGUCACCUGCGCGGGUGGCAUCCGGGAGCGGACGCGCGUGUGCAACAGCCCGGAGCCCCAGCACGGAGGGAAGGCCUGUGCGGGGGACGUGGUGGACCAGCAGAUGUGCAACAAGAGGAGCUGCCCUGCAGACGGCUGCUUGUCCAGCCCCUGCUUCCCGGGAGCCCAGUGCAACAGCUUCCCCGACGGCUCCUGGUCCUGCGGCUCCUGCCCGCUGGGCUUCCUGGGCAACGGGACCCACUGCGAGGACCUGGACGAGUGCGCCCUGGUCGCAGACGUCUGCUUCUCCACAACCAGCAAGUCCAGCCGCUGCGUCAACACCGACCCUGGGUUCCACUGCCUGCCCUGUCCCCCUCGCUACAGAGGGACCCAGCCCUUCGGGGCCGGCCUGGAGGCGGCCCAGACAGACAAGCAGGUGUGUGAGCCUGAGAACCCCUGCAAGGACAAGACCCACAGGUGCCACCGGCACGCCGAGUGCGUCUACCUGGGCCACUUCAGCGACCCCAUGUACAAGUGCGAGUGCCAGACGGGCUACGCGGGCGACGGGUUCAUCUGCGGCGAGGACUCGGACCUGGAUGGCUGGCCCAACAAGAACCUGGUCUGUGCCACCAACGCCACCUACCAUUGCGUCAAGGACAACUGCCCCUUCCUGCCUAACUCUGGGCAAGAAGACUUCGACAAGGACGGCAUCGGCGACGCCUGUGAUGAGGACGACGACAACGACGGCGUCAGUGACGAGAAGGACAACUGCCAGCUCCUCUUCAACCCCCGCCAGUCCGACUACGACAAGGACGAGGUGGGCGACCGCUGCGACAACUGCCCCUACGUGCACAACCCCGCCCAGAUCGACACCGACCACAACGGCGAGGGCGACGCCUGCUCCGUGGACAUCGACGGGGACGAUGUCUUCAAUGAGCGGGACAAUUGUCCCUACGUCUACAACACCGACCAGAGAGACACGGACGGCGACGGCGUGGGCGACCACUGUGACAACUGCCCCCUCGUGCACAACCCUGAUCAGACCGACGUGGACAAUGACCUCGUGGGAGACCAGUGUGACAACAACGAGGACAUCGACGAGGACGGCCAUCAGAACAACCAGGACAACUGCCCCUACAUCUCCAACGCCAACCAGGCCGACCAUGACGGCGACGGCAGGGGCGACGCCUGCGACUCGGACGACGACAAUGACGGGGUGCCUGACGACAGGGACAACUGCCGGCUGGUCUCCAACCCCGACCAGGAGGACUCCGACGGUGAUGGGCGGGGAGAUGCUUGUAAGGACGACUUUGACAAUGACAGCGUCCCGGACAUUGACGACGUGUGUCCUGAGAACAACGCCAUCAGCGAGACUGACUUCAGGAACUUCCAGAUGGUGCACUUGGACCCCAAGGGCACCACCCAGAUUGACCCCAACUGGGUCAUCCGGCACCAGGGCAAGGAGCUGGUGCAGACAGCCAACUCCGACCCGGGCAUCGCUGUGGGUUUCGACGAGUUCGGGUCCGUGGACUUCAGCGGCACCUUCUACGUCAACACGGACAGGGACGACGACUACGCCGGCUUCGUCUUCGGCUACCAGUCCAGCAGCCGCUUCUACGUGGUGAUGUGGAAGCAGGUGACCCAGACCUACUGGGAAGACCAGCCCACCCGCGCCUACGGCUACUCGGGGGUGUCGCUCAAGGUGGUCAACUCCAGCACGGGCACCGGCGAGCACCUGAGGAACGCCCUGUGGCACACCGGGAACACGGCGGGGCAGGUUCGGACCUUGUGGCACGACCCCAAAAAUAUUGGCUGGAAAGACUACACUGCCUACAGGUGGCACCUGACCCACAGGCCGAAGACGGGCUACAUCAGAGUCCUGGUACACGAAGGCAAACAGGUCAUGGCAGACUCGGGACCCAUUUACGACCAGACCUACGCGGGCGGGCGGCUGGGCCUGUUCGUCUUCUCUCAAGAAAUGGUCUAUUUCUCGGAUCUCAAGUACGAGUGCAGAGAUGCGUGACCCAGACUGGCUGCGUUUCCCCACGUAGAUGCUGUUGCCCAGACACCACCGUCC